ACUUCUAUCACUUCUCUCCUCCGUUCACAACUUCCAUCACUUGACUGAGCUGUCCAUCCAGACUCUGAAAGAAACUGAAGAAGCAGUAUCCAUGAGCAACACGAUGACAUCAACGGUCCUCAUCAGCUUCCUGGCCUGUCUGUUCCUGGCCAAUGUUGAAGGCCAGGUGGGUCAUUCUAAAGCUCGGUGCCAGUGUCUGAAUGGACUGGUGAACCGGGUUAAACCUCUUCACAUUGAGAAGCUCGAGGUCUACACCUCCAGCCACUCCUGUAGGAACAUGGAGAUCAUUGUCACUCUGAAGAACGGAGAAGGGAAGAAGUGUCUGAAUCCAGAGGCUCCAUUUGCCAAGAAAACCAUCGAGAAAAUAAUGAAAAACCAAAGGAGUGUGCAGUAAAUCUGUGAACUAAUGACACCAAUCCCAUUGAGAACUUGAUGGAACAGAGAGCACCAUGAGAGAGAGAGUUAAUCCUGAUGAAUUACCACAGUUGAGUCAAUGCACUGAAGACUGCCUGAAUAUGUUUACACUGUUUAAUGGUACUUAGAAAGUCAGUUUUUAAAUUGACAAAAUUAGUAUGUUCAUUUAUGCAAUUGAACAUAUAAAAAGCCUGUAAAUAUGUAGGUAUAUUUUUUCAUUUUGGAAGGUCAAGACUUGAAAUGUUUUACAUUUUGUUUAGUUAGUUAUCAAAAUGAUCAACAUCUUUGUAAAUACUGUAUAUUCUAUAUGUGUUGUUUACUUUUUCUAUCAAAAUAUUAAAGAUGCAUUUGACUCUA